AUGGCCGACUUUCGGCAGCUUGCCCUCGAAUUCGUUCUCGAAGAUGACGAGACCAGGCUGGCCAGCAUCGCCCAGAGGGCCGCAUCAGAGAUCGAGACUGCCACGGCCAACACGAACCCCGUGGCCCGCUGGGUCGAGGCCGUACAGCCAUGGAUGCCGGGUAGCAACGAUGACGAGGCCAUGCAAGAGACGCCGGAUUGGACAUCGCGAGCAAAGGCUCUCGAGUUCCUGUCUCGAACUUUGGCUGUCCUAAACCAACAGGUUCUCAAGCCGAGCCAGGUCAAGCUUCUCGUCGCCUUCUUCGGCGCCAUGUUUGACGUCGACCACAAGGCCGGCAUCAUGGCAUCUGCCACGGCCCUAUCCCGCAUCAUCACCAUGAAAUCCUUCCAGCCCCCGAGUGGCCGCGACAUCAUCCAAAAGGUGUGCGCCCUCAACGAUGAUUUUGCGCGCCAAGUUGCCAAAACCCGCCUCGCAGUCUACGAGCUGCUGCGCUCCCUCAUCGCCAAUGCCGCCGUUGCCAGUGACUUGCAGCAUCACGAGGGUCCGCCUUCAGCCUUCAUGCAUAACUUGCUGCAACUCUGUCAGAGCGAGAGAGACCCCGAUUGCCUCAUGGUGUGGUUCGACAUCCUGCGCUUCUUCUCCGCCGAAUACCCUUCUUCACACGAUAUUCUGGAACAAGUGUACGGGGCCUUCAAGGCCUACUUCCCAAUCACCCUGCCUCGCACAUCUCAGAGUGGCUUGACGCCCGAACAACUCAAGAUCCAGCUGCGGAAAUGCUUCUCAUCCAACGGUCGCCUUGCCACUCUGGCUUUGCCUUUUCUGCUGGGGAAGCUGGAUCAAGGAGAUGGCGUUACUGUCAAUGUCAAGCUCGAUGUCCUCCGUACCAUCAGAGCCUGUGUCGACGAGUACACACACCCCGAGCAGUCCGUCACGCCCUACUUCAACAGAAUUUGGACCAGCCUCAAGUACGAGGUGCGCAACGGCGAGGUCGAAGACACCAUCUGGGCCACCCUGGAGGUGCUGAAAACUGUCGCAACGAGGCUCAAGGGCGACGAGCUGCGUGACUUCACCUUGACGGUCACGCGCGAGUGCGUCAGCGAUUUAUCCAGUCAAAUGCACUGCACGGCUGCCGGCCGCUUGCUCAUCAGUGUCCUGAGUGCCAAUGCCUGCGCCUUUGUCCUCAUGGUUUCUCCGGCAUUGACGCACAUCAAGGAGAACCUCCGACAUCCAAAGUCCCCGAUGCACAGUGAGGAUCUGCUCAAGAUUCUUCGCAUCAUUCUUGAGACACGAAUCCUCCUCGCAGAAACGCAAAUCGCGGACCAGGAGAGGGGAGAUUUCGCCGCCACUGAUUCCGCUUUCCAAACGCUGUAUGCAGAUAUUUAUCGAGGUCCGCUCCAAAUGGGAAGCCGACUGGAUGCCUCCUACGAUGACAUCAGAUUGGCAACAGAGGCCGUCCAAGGGGCAGGGGCCUUGGUGUGCCAGCAGGUAGUGAGACCGUUCGAUGCUGAUAUUGUGCAGACUCCGUCGAAUACCGGGUUGCUGUUAGCAGAGGGUACACGCGCGGAGGUUUGCGAAACCUUGUUCUCCAUUGCAGCUCGAGCUUGGCAUGAGGAGGCACGGAAAGAUGGAUCCGACGACCUUAUCAACGAGACCAUCAAGGCGUUGCGACGGGCAGUCGAAGCCUACCCUUCAGGGUUCCACCCCCUCCUGGAGCGAGGUGUAGCCAUCAUUCGCGAAAGCUACGCCAACGCGAUUCCGGAAUCCGUUGAUACCAUACAAAGAGUGUCCUCGGUCCUUGCCUUUGUUGGGUGCUCGAGCCUGCGCCCAUCCUUGACCAACGGAAUGCGGUGCUUUCUUGCUCUCAGCUGUGCGCUGACUAGGGAGCUCUUGAUGUCCAUGGAUGAAAAGAUGGAUCCCAGCGUCUGGUGUGUCUUGGCCGCCGGCGUCCUCUCAACCGUGCACUACUUUAAUGAUGCGUGUCAGGACGCGGGCUUGCAAGACUCUGCUCAGGAACUAUUUCCUGACCACGACCAACAUCAAUGGCUUCCUAACAUUCUCGAAAAGUAUCCCAUCUUAAAUUCGAUAGGGGCUACUACCGGUGCAGCAGCUACGUCCGACUAUGACGGCUUGGUGAUUCCCGAGUUUAACACCGUCUCUGAACUUCGAGGCGACUUCUUGCUCGUUGGUCUCUUCCUGGCUCGCCAGCUUUACCGCAGAGCCACAAAAUCUGUCGGUGACGAGUCGCGAAACGGGACCAAGGCUCUUGGCCUCAGCGACGACUUCACUGGCGCUGGCCAGGAAGCAGAAUAUCGCUAUCUUUGCCUGAUAUCUGGCCUUGCUAGCUUCGUUGUGGGAGAGAUGAAUCGAUCUGGGACAUCUUUGCAGUUGGAAGCGUUUUUCCUUAGCCUGUUUCGCGACGACCUGAUCUCUCUCCCCUCUGCAGCGUCAGCAGAAGUCUCGCAAAACACUCAGGACCAAGGCUCAUGGAGCUGGCUGGCUCUUGGCCCACUGAAUGUGCUCUCCUUUGGCAUUCUGAAGUCGUUGCUUCCAUCAGGUGUCCUCCGACUUUAUGGCAGGGGUGUUGCCCAGCAGAUCUUGAUAGACGGCACUUCGCCCAUGUCCAGCCAUGGUGAUGCUGCCCGAUUGCCUGUGACGCGAGCCAUUCUGGCUAUCCUAGCAAACAAGUAUGAGCUUGAAAAGCUGGACGAGUUGAUGGCGACGAUUGAGCAGCACCUCAGGAACGCCCUGGAACAAGCCACCAAGGGGACCGCCCCCGAGGACCGACGCCGAGGACUGGAUCAAGCAAUGGCCAUCUUCACCCUCGCGGGCGGCCUGCUGCGGCGGUGCACCGGCAAACAGACUCGAGGGCUGCUGCGGUUACUUCUCCAAGCCCCCGACGACCCUGUAGCCGGUCAUUUCCUUGGGCGAGGCCUGGAAGUGAUUGCCGCACCACAGCCUUUUGUCACCGAUAGCAUCGGGUCGGUGCAGAAGCCGCUGUGGAUGCAAAAGGUCUAUGUCGAUCUCGUCAAGCCCAUGAUUGGUACCGCCGUUGGUGCCUCGACCGAGACGCACAGCCCUCUAGUCAAGACCAACUUUGGCGUCGCCGUGCUCCUAAUAGUCAAGCACAUGAGAUUCGCCAUCUACGAGGAGGACUCGAGCGCCAUUUUACGCAUCGCCAUCUCCGCCGCCCAAAACCUAGGCAGUGGCCCCGACGCGAAAGCUGCACUAGAGGUCGUCAAGAACAUUCUCGUCGAGGCCCCUGACACGGUGCAGGACCACCUCGGAAGCCUCGUCAAGAUAUGCACCGGCCUGUUCUCAAACGCGCCCGCCUCGACGCCGCGCCGCCCAGAGUGGCUGCCGCAGGACUAUGCCGCUGCGUCGGAUGAUGCCGAGGUCCGGGCUAGCUGCGGCAGGCUUGCCCUUGAGAUUGUGGGCGGGCUGCCGCGAAUGUUCGAGACGAGGCAUCUCUUGGCAUACGCGCCACAGGUGCAGCGGGAGCUUGCUGCCGCCUGUGGACAUGGGUCCCGUGAUGUGAGGAAGAUUGCGAGGUUGGCUCGGGCGGCGUGGUCGGAGUUGAGGUAG